AACUGCCCCCCACCCAGCUCUCCUUUUCCGGGUCACGUGCGGCCGCGUCAACUGGUCAAACCCGCCAUUAUCACUCAGGCGGAAACGCACCGGGAAGGAGGGAGGAGGGGCGUGGGCGUGGGCCGGGGCCGGGCGACUCCUUCCUCCGGGCUCCGGCUGCUGCUCUGCUAUAAAGCCCCGCAGGCCCGUCGCGUCCCGACGGUUCCAUUACUGGUCCCUGGCACUGGCAGGAAGGAUGGAGUUGGGGCUCAGCUUGGGGGAGACCAUGGCGGAUGCCGGCAGGGACCUCGUGCUUGGGCUUGGGAUGGGCGUCGUCGGAGUGCGGAGGGAGGAGGAAGCCGCCGAGAGGGGGAGUAGGAGGGAUAGGGACGCGAGGAGGGAGCUGGAGUUCGGGACGACGGGGUGGUGCGGCGCCCGGUCCUCGCCGGAGCCGCCAGCCGUGCGACUCACGCUCCUGCCCGGCCUGGUGCCCCGCCUCGGCGGCCUCCCGUGGCCGCCGCCGCCGCCGCCGCCGCCGCCGUCGUCCGAGACCAACCGGCAUUUGGAGGCGUCGACGACGCGUGGCUUCGACGUUAACCGUGCGCCGUCGCUGUCCGUGGCCGGUGCCGCCGCGGCGGAGGAGGACGAGGAGCACGACGAGGCGGGCGCGGCGGCGGCGUCGUCGUCGCCCAACAACAGCGCGGGCUCCUUCCCGACGGACUUCUCCGCGCAGGGCGGCCAGGUGGCGCCCGGAGGCGGGGGCGACCGCGGCGCGUGCUCCCGCGCCAGCGACGACGACGACGGCGGGUCGGCGCGCAAGAAGCUGCGCCUCUCCAAGGAGCAGUCCGCGUUCCUGGAGGAGAGCUUCAAGGAGCACGCCACGCUGAACCCGAAGCAGAAGCUGGCGCUGGCGAAGCAGCUCAACCUCCGGCCGCGCCAGGUGGAGGUGUGGUUCCAGAACCGCAGAGCCAGGACGAAGCUGAAGCAGACGGAGGUGGACUGCGAGUACCUGAAGCGCUGCUGCGAGACGCUGACGGAGGAGAACCGGCGGCUGCAGAAGGAGCUAGCCGAGCUCCGCGCGCUCAAGACGGUGCACCCUUUCUACAUGCACCUCCCGGCCACCACCCUCUCCAUGUGCCCCUCCUGCGAGCGCGUCGCCUCCAACUCCUCCGCCCCUGCCGUCGCACCGGUGGCGCCAGCGUCGUCGCCCUCCCCUGCUGCUACUGGCAUUGCGGCAUCGUCGGCCCCGUCGGAGCAGCAGAGGCCAUCGUCGUUCGCAGCUCUGUUCUCGUCCCCCCUUAACCGCCCGCUGGUGGCCGCCCAGGCGCAACCGCAACCGCGACCGCAGGCGCCGGCCAGCUCUUGAGGCCGGUCGCCCGGUCGUCUGCUUGACCUCCGGUCCGACGACGCGAAAUGGUUGGAUGAGCAUCUGGCUGUAAAUACGCUCACCUUUCUUUUCUUUUCUUUUCUUUUUUUUUUGUUCCUUUCCUUUUGUUUUCACUUCAUCAUGCGGUUCUUGGGGAUUUUUUUUUUGUGGAAUUGCCAUCGGGUUGGUUUACUACAAGUUUAGAGAGGAAUCCGAGGGUGUAGCGCAUCGUCUGGCCGUCGGAUUGGACUGCGGACGGUCGGGGGUGCACAAAGUGCCGCAAUAGAGAUCAUUAACCUCAGCGUCGAUCAUGUUUUGUUUCUUGCUA